UAUUGCACUGAUAUUUGGCCCUAUAUUUUAAAUUAAAGCCAAAACUAAUAACAUUUAUUAUUUGCAUCUUGUGAACUUCAUGUACAGAUAAUAGCUGUGUUUAACCAACCCUUCAUGUACAAUAUUUUAUGUUUUUGACUGCUAUUAUUAAACAUGUGGAAAAGCCCUUACAAUGUUACAUAUAUUUAUAAUACUUCCCUUGAUGGUUUUUUUUCCCACCAGUGUGCACAACCGUGGCAGUGUUUCCUACCGCCGGUUGGGAAUAACAUGCUGAAGCAGCAAAAUGGAGAGGGAAUCCUCAUUCCACAGGAUGAAACCAAUUAGAGGUGAUGUAGACGUUUGAUGCUCAGAGAAAAAGUGGCUUUUGAUCGUCAUAACAAAAGACUCGUAAUCUGUAAAAUUGAAGAAGAAAAAACUCAACAGUCAAAGCGACAGUUCUACAGAACUAAAAUGAACAUUGAAAGGACACGGAUUACUAGUAAAUAUCCAAAUAUAAUUUGCUUGUUGUCCUGGAAUGGGGUCCUGUGAUAACAAAAUAUCCUUUACACCCUGUUAAAAGUUCUUAAAAAGUCAUCAUUUACAAGGUUUAAGCUAAUCAUUUGCUGAUCAUGUGCAGUAAAUUUUGUUUUUUUAUAUUAGAUGUUCUGGACUGGAGUUCCAUGAUCCACUUAUGUGUCAAUGACACUGUUACCCAUCUGCUUUCAACUUACUUCCUAGUGAGAAACACACUAAACUACUGGGGCAUACCUUCUUUAUUUUGGCUAUCUGCUAACUCUUCUUAUUUCUCCUGUUGGUCUGUUUUGGUCAGGAGAAUCUACAGGUCUCCUAUAAUUUCCAGAAACCCUUUUUUAUUUUUAUUUAAAAUGAUUAAAAUGAAAAUGUUAAAAUGAUUAAAUAUCUGAGCUGAAUCUGUGUCUGCCAUACACUGCUUCGGGUCAGGAUGUCUCUCUGUCAGCUGAAUUCAUUAAACCCGGUUCCAGCAAACCAUGAUACUCCCCCCUCCAUGUUUGACACUUGAUGCCCAAAACCCAUCUUCUCAUCAUGAAAUGCUUCGUUUGUAUCAAUUUUCAAGUUUAAAUGAUUUUAAUGUUUGUUCAAUCUCACUUUCUUUACCUUUUAGGACUUACUUUUGUUUUAACUUGAAUCUCUUUGUUACGUUUAAGCAUUAACAUGCUCUUGUACUAUUUUUCUCAGGACGGAGGACCUGCAUUUAAGAAUUUAAGAUUAAAACUGUAUGUCUGUAUUUAAGCUGUGGUGAAUCAGGAGCUCGUUUAAAAAAACUCCGAGCUGUGAAAUGACAUUAAGUGAAAUGGGUAAAGUCUCCUUGUUCCGCUGCAUUCUCAUGCAUCCACUCGCAGAUAAAUACAUUGACGUCUUCAUUUUCCUUGUCUGCGCUGGAAUCUGGAUCAAAGCUGUACGGCUGGAUAGCCCUGAUAUAGCUCACCAUUUUUGUUGCACCGCUAAUGUUAGGUUGGAGUUUUGAGCGGCUGGAAGCUAGCGGGAGGGAGUGUAAUCAAAGAGAUGAUGGGAAAGCAGCAGAGGCUGACUUCCACCCCAACAGUCACACCCACAACUUGGAGGUGAUUUUCUGAUAACCUAUUGCCGCUCUGAACAAACUUUGCUCCAGAUAACGACAUAGGCUUUUUAAUUUUGGCUAAACACAUCAUAAUUAUAAUUAAAAGACCACUUUUAAAAUAGAUCAACAGCUGAUUGGAGUGGGUCUUUGAGAGAAUUGGAGAUCUUCUUAUAGAGAGGCAUCUACAUUGCACUUUUAACCCUAAAUUGCUUAACAUUGAAUACAAUUAAAUGUGCACAUUUACAAGAAUAAAAUCAGGUGCACAAAGUUUUUCUUGAUUCAAGUAUUGCAAUUUCAUAGCAUCUUCCAGACGAGAAGAAAUCAUCAAAGAUUGCAGUGAUCCAGGGUUGGAUCAUCUGCUUUGAAACUAGGAGGUUGUAGGUUCAGAUCCAUUCGACACUGAGUGCCAUCAGUUUUCUGAAGUGUCUUGAUUCAACUUCCUCUCGGUUUUUCAUGAGCCUGUGUUCACAGACUGAGUCUCACACUAAAGCAUCAUUAACUGUCAGCUCUGUGCACGCUCCCGACGGUGUUUGUUCCCUCUGCCGGGAUUUGCUGGUGAGUGACUCGCCUCCCUCCGCCUGGCUCCUUAUAGCUCAGAGGAGGCAGGAGACCCGGAGGAGUGGUACAGACAUCGCCGACCAGAACUGCAAACACGCAGAGGGAGUUUACCUUUAAAAAAAAAAAGAAAAAAGUCUCAUGACUAUUUCAGUAAAGGACAAACGCAGGACCGAAGACGGCAGCCCAGCACAGCAAAGGGGGGACUGAGAGACAAGGUCCCGGGAUCAGUGACUGCAGCUCCCCUGCAGAGCCUGGAUGUUUGCUGACAGUUGGACUCUACCUCACCUGUGCAGGAUUUACAUUUGUGGAGGGUUCCUCUUCUGCAGAACGGAGGAUAUGCAUCACCUGUCGGUGGCUUCCCUCUUUCUUUUUGUUUGGUUGGUGGAGAGAAGCCACAGUGCCAGCAGCCUCCAGGACAGCAUGAGGCAGCUCCACCACAGCUUCUCCAUCAGCCUGUACCAGACGAUCACCCAGACAGAGAACGGCUCCAACCUGAUCGUGUCCCCAGCGAGCGUUUCCUUUUCUCUGGCGCUGCUGCAGCUUGGUGCCAGGGGCAACACGCGGGCUCAGCUGGAAGGGGUGCUGGGAUACAGUGUGAAAGAGGCUCAUGUGCUGGAUUUCCUGCUGCGCUCUCAGAGUGACAUAAGCAACAGCAGCCGGGAUAUGUGGCUGCAGCAGACUUGCACACUUUUCAUCCAGAGUGGCGUCCAGCUCCUGGACGAGUUUACCCAGGGUGCAGCAGCUUGGGCCGACACCAGCGUGGUCCGGGCCAACUUCAGCCAGCCCAGUCACGCUCACAGCCAGCCGGAGCAAGCGGCACACAACCCCGAUGACUCGUGGCCCCUUCAUUCGGGGGCCAGCAGUGGGGAAAUGUCAGGCUCAGGUGAGGCCCAGGCUGACACUCUGUGGUGGGGUCAGCGGUUGCAGGUGGCCCUGGUCAACACGGUGAAGUUCAGGGGCAUCUGGCAGAAACAGUUCAUGUUCACCAACACUCAGAAUUUGCCCUUCGUGCUCCCAGAUGGAAGCACCAUCAAAGUGCCCAUGAUGUAUCAGGCUGCAGAGGUCUGCUAUGGUCACUUCAGAACUGCCUCUGAUCAGCGCUACGUGGUCCUGGAGCUGCCAUACCUGGGUCACUCCCUGAGCCUGCAGGUGGUCCUGCAGAGUGACAGGAAGACCCCCCUGUCCUCCCUCGAGUCGCAGCUCACCGCACGUCAGCUGGCCUCCUGGAACGUGGGCCUGCGCCGGACCAAGAUGGACAUUUUCUUACCCAGAUUCAGAAUGCAGAGCAAAUUCAACCUGAGGUCGGUGCUUCCCAGCAUGGGCAUCAGUGACGCCUUUGACCCCACCACAGCAGAUUUCACCGGGAUAUCAGUGGAGGAAGGCCUGUACCUGUCAGACGCCUUUCAUGAAGUCCGGAUAGAGGUCAAAGAAGACGGGACAAAGGCCGCCGCUGCCACUGCCAUGGUGUUACUCAAACGAUCCAGAGCUCCUGUUUUCAAGGCAGACCGGCCAUUCCUGUUCCUGCUUCGACAGCUCAACACAGGAUCCAUCUUAUUUAUGGGGCGAGUAAUGAAUCCUGCAGACCAGGCACCAUGAAGCAACCAUUUCCCAAAACGCUGACAAUUCUCUGGAACUGAUUUUACUGCUGGUAUUUAUUCGUGGGCCGAAUGUUGGAUCCACAGACACUUGAAAAAGAGGGACGUUAUUUUUGUAUAUGACUGUAAAUAAAAUCACACUAUGUUUUUA